ACGGCGAGGCGUUUGGACGCGCACGCGGAUUACCAGUUGGGAAAAUAUAUCGAAACCGUACCUCGAGUUCUCACCCACGCCGGGAGCUUCUUUGAAUUCUGGCAGCUGCCGCCAAAAUACAAAAAAUACAUAUCAAAUAAAAACAAAGUAGUUUUUAUUUGAGACAACCGCGCGACGCGCGCCUUUCGAACCCAUGAGCAACUGAGUCCCAACGAAACGAAGAGGAAAUCGACCAGGGAGAACGAAAGCCACGAAAGGUGGCCGAAUAAGUGAGAUUUUAUAUAGAUAGUUUGUAGUAACCGAAAUCGAGGAAAUGGGUUUCAUUGCGGAUCGCAUGCCGCGUGUCAACAGGACGUUGGUCUCGCUCAAGUUUGUUGUGUACUUCGUCAUAACCGGUCUCACAGCUUUGCAUGUUCUGCAUGCCACCAAGCCGCUGUUGCUGGGACUAAGCUUCGCGGAAUACCGAACCGUUACCAUUUGGGCGCCAUUCGUCUCCAUUUUGGGUCCAUUGAUCGUUGGUCCCUUGGCUGAUCGAUUGGCUGCCAAGAAUCCGAACACUUUUGGAAGGACACUACGAGUGCUAACUGCUGUCUGUCUGCUGAUCUCGGCCCUCAUAUAUGCCUUUCUGUUUGCCGUGCCGGAAGUUACUCGGCCGGGCGUGGUCCGUGAGCCACUGGUCAGUUUUGGCUGCGAUGAAAGUGGAGGAUUCUUGUUCCAGGAGCGCUGCGGCUCCAACUCCAGUUGCAGCCGGUGGGAACAGAAGGAGGGCAAAAUCAACCUGACGGGCUGCACGUACAGUUGCCAGAAUCCCAAGCUCUAUGAGCCACUCUAUGUGGCUUGGUUGGCUGGUGUACCCACAGUGGCUCCUUCCACAGAGCAGAGUUCGGAGUUCGACUACGAGGAUGAGGGCAGUAUUGCGGUCACCGAGAGCUUGCGCACCAGGAGGGACUUGGAGAGCUCGGAUCCGGCGGAUAGUGCUGGUGUGGAGGCCAUUAGUGGCGAGGUUCCUCAUCAUCGGUCCAUCAGACAGGUGAAGAAACCCCCCACCAAGGUGUAUGUACAGCCCCCACAUGUCUGCCUAACGCAGCGGAACCAGAACGGCGAUGAUGUGGUGAAGCACUGCCACGCCUACACUGAGGACACCAAAAGUGUGGUGAUGGAUGCCAUCAUGGGCUCAGCGAUCAGUCAGGAGGAGCACUACGAUGACUACGAAGGAUGGUGCCAGUAUCCACUUGAGGGUUUCCAGUGCCAGAUUCCCGAGGAGCAGGUGAACUACAUGAAGGAGUUCAAGCACUACAUGCAGAACGACAACAGCUGCAAGCCCAUGAUCGAGUGCCAAGUGGUGAAUCCCUACCACGAUUUGAGUGUGCUUUCGGACAGCGAGUGCAAGAAUAGCACCGGCCAUAUCUACGAUACUAUCGCGAUCUAUACGACCAUUCGUCUGAUUGGAGACAUUUUUCCCAUGGCUGCCCUGACUCUUCUGAACACGGCGAUCGUGAUCGCAGUUCGUGAGACCUCAGAGGGAAGAGGAGAGGUGUGCCGCCAGUAUGUUUGGGGCGCCAUUGGCUAUGUGUUUUUCCUCUCACCGCUGGAUAAGAUCUUCUUCCAGCAGGAGCCCAAUUAUAAUGGUGCCCAGGCUGCACUUCUCAUAUUCAUCGUAUACUUUGUCGUGGGUGCUGUGGUGCUACUCUGCGCCAAACAGAUGCCACUGAGUCCGCCGGAAUGGUGGUGGCACACAAAGACCGGAAUGUUGGUGGUGCCCAUGUCCGCCAUUCGUCGCUAUACGCCCGAGAUCUUGGUGCUGACACUGGUGUCCAUUCUUUUUGGCACCUUCUGGAGCAGCAUUCAUAGCUACCUGCCCUGGACAUUCACCGAUGUGUAUGCCGUGAGCUAUGCUGGCGUAAUCCUCAUCCUGGCUCUGUUCUUCAAUGUGGACAAGUUUAUUGAGUACUGUGGGCACUCGAACAUCUUCAUCGGUGGCUUGGCCAUCUUUGUCAUUAGGUUUACGGCUUUGAGUGAUGCCCAAACCAAGUGGUUGAUUAUUGUCAUGGAGACCAUCGAGCCGUUUGUAAUUGGUCUGAUUUGGAUUACCAUCAUUCUGUAUAUGCGUCAUGCCAUGCCAAGAAAACUGACAGCUACUGGACAGGCAAUCGCUGUUUUGUCCUUCUUUGGAUUGGGCAAAGGCUUUGGUGCUCUGAUUGGAUUAGCUCGCGAUGAGUGGGAUCCGAGACUAGAGUUCUGGUCCUGCACCUACCAAUGGCUGGCUAUUGUAGCCUGCGUUGUGGCUUUGGUCUAUUUCGGAAUCUACAAUCUGAUUCUGGCCCCACGAUGCACCGCCAAGCCGCAGCAUUCUGAGGAGUUGAUUUCUGGAUCCGCAUCGCAAAACUUUGGCAAUACCGGAACCGGAAACGGUGCUGGUAACGGCACCGGAAACGGAAACGGCGCUGGAGCAUCGCUCAACGGAAACGGAAACGGGAGCUAUUCACCACUAAGAGUUUACCACAACGAGAGGGGGAAGAAGGGGCAGUUUAGAUACUAAGAUGAAGUGGGAAGUCCAGAGAUUAAUGGAUGUUUUACUCUUUGCAUGGAUCACUAAUGCUCCGCCUCUCUCAAAUCGAGUGCGAAAGAUAUUCUUAGUUUUUAAAUGUGUACACCACGCCUCGUCCUCCUCCACCUACCGCCCCCCGCCCGCUUGAGGGCAACACUGCUAAUAGUUUGUAAUGCGUAUUUUUGCUAAGUGUAUACACCAGGAGGAUGAAAAACGACAGAGUGGAGAGAAUUAAAAAAACAACAACAAAUUGACUUUUUUAUAAAUCGCAUGUAGAACUUAUUUUAUUUGUUAUUUAAUGCCAACUAAGCGAGUUUAUAAUUUUAAUUAAAUCGCAAUGCGGAAGUUGACAAAAGCAGAAAAAUAUCACCCAACCAAAUCAUCAACUGCCCGAAUUUAAUUGCAACAAUAGCCAUGGAUACAGCAAAAACAAUAACGACUUCCUUAAACAGCACGUCGUUCUUUUUACAAUGUUACAAAAAUGAAGGCAUCAAUUUUUAAUGAAACAUUUGCGUGAUUUUACUAAGCAUAAUAUAUGAUGCACUAUGAGCAUAUAAAUGUAACAAUAAAACAGAAAAUGUAAUUAUACAAAAAUAUAAUUAAUGGUAAUUAAAUGUUUCCAAAUUAAGCGUAAUAA